UGGUAGACUAAAAACGAAUUAAGGUAAUAUAAUAAAUAAUUUAAUUUCAAUUAAGCUAAUAGCUUACCUAUAACUAGAGCUGAUAACUAUUUCUAUAAAGCCACUUAUGUUCAUUCAAAUUAUCUUAGAAGUGUCCAUGAUUUUCCACAAUGAAGUUUGCAGUUAUAAAAAUAAACUUCGAUAAUGAUUGCGAGACUUGUAGUAAAAAUUUUCCAAGUCAACUAGUCGAUUUGUUUGAAUUGGUUUUGAUAUAUUUUCUACACCAACUGUAUCUAUUAUGAAAAAUCAAUUCCUCAAUAAUGGUCCCAGCUAAAAUUGCUAACGCUAUUUGUUCUUUCAUUUUCGAUUUUGAACUUUUACCAAAUGAAUUAUUUUAUUUAUCAGAAUACAAAAUAAAGGUGACAAAAUAUAAAUAUGUCAAAUUUAAAGAUCUGUCACUUUACUGACUUUCGUUAAAAGCACCUUGCACUUUUAACCACGUCCACGAUAGAGGAUCCUUUAAUAAAAGAUCGCUUAUUUGUGCGUUCCAAUAACUCUCGAAUAAUAAAGCUCAACUGCCAAAGUCUAACCUCAACAAAUCAACCGUUCCCGUUCUAUGUAUUCUAUGAAAGGUCAAAUUAAAUUUGAUUUCAAUUUUUAGAGGUCGAUCAAGAAAAUAUAUUUCUGUUGUACUAGGAAAAUGUCGAAAAAAGCAUGCGUUUUCUUAGCACCAGGAGCUGAAGAAAUGGAAUUUGUUAUUUCUGUUGAUGUUCUUAGAAGAGGUGAUGUGAAUGUUACUGUUGCUGGCUUACCCUCUAAUGCUACUGUGAAAUGCAGUAGGCAAGUGAAUAUUGUACCUGAUUGUAGUUUAGCAGAGGCUGCUUUAAAAGGUCCAUAUGAUCUGUUAGUAUUACCAGGAGGCUUAGGGGGAGCUCAGGCUUUAGCUAAAUCUGAUGAAGUUGGUAAAUUGUUGAAGGAGCAAGAGUCUUCUGGUAGACUUAUUGCAGCAAUUUGUGCAGCCCCAACUGCAUUGAAAGCUCAUGAAAUAGGUAUUGGAAAAAGCAUAACCUCAUAUCCUUCAGUAGAACUCCAACUCACAGAAGGUGGUAAAUACUCUUAUAAACAAGACAAAGUAGUUGUAGAUGGAAACAUUAUCACAAGCCGUGGACCUGGUACGGCAUUUGAAUUUGCUCUUAAACUUGUCGAUUUAUUGAAUGGAAAAGAGAAAGCCAUAGAAGUAGCCAAGGCAAUGCUUUUAACAUAUUGAAAAUAUAAAAAUUUGAUUUUUUUGGUCAUUCAAUACACGGAUGUAUGUUGAUACAUGAUAAAUUUUAAUUUUGCAUGUAGUUCUUCAAAUUUGAAAACGAUUAUUUCUUAUCGAAAUAUAACUUAGGAUAUUUCUAAGCUAAGGUUAAGAUUGUUCACUUAGCAGGAAAUAAAACUCAUUUUGAUAACUAA